CGGCGUUCCGUCGCUAUGCGCAUGCGCCGCGUGUUCGCUGGGCUCCCCCGCCUGACUCGCAGCCUCAUGCCCGGCCCGAAGCGCCCCCGACCGGCCCGCAUCGGCACCCACGGCGGCACCUUCCACUGCGACGAGGCGCUCGCGUGUUUCCUCCUGCGGCUGCUGCCCUCUUAUCAGGACGCAGAGAUCAUCCGGACACGGGAUGCUCAGCUGCUGUCGGAGUGCGAUGUGGUUGUGGAUGUUGGAGGCGAGUAUGACCCUGAGAAGCAUCGUUACGACCAUCACCAGAGGUCAUUUGGGGAGUCCAUGCACAGCCUGAAGCCUGAUAAACCUUGGCAGACCAAGCUGAGCAGUGCAGGGCUGGUUUACACCCAUUUUGGCUCUGAGAUUUUGGCAAACCAGCUGGGCCUCAAAGAGGAGGAUCCUGUCGUGCGUGUGCUCUAUGACAAGUUGUACGAGAACUUUGUGGAAGAGAUUGACGCCAUAGACAACGGCAUCUCCCAGUGGGAUGGGGAACCUCGCUAUGCCAUGACCACCAAUGUGAGCUCCAGGGUUGCCUACCUGAACCCCCGCUGGAAUGACAAGGAUCAAGACACCGAGCCUGGUUUCCAGAAGGCCAUGGAGCUGGUAGGCAACGAAUUCUUGGACCGCCUUGAUUACUAUUACCGUGCCUGGAUUCCUGCGCGCACCCUUGUGGAGAAGGCCAUCCAGCAGCGCUUUGAGGUUGACCCUAGCGGUGAGAUUCUGGUGUUGGCCCAGGGUGGCUGCCCAUGGAAGGAGCACCUUUUCAACCUAGAGCAAGAGCUGGGCGUCAAGAAGCCUCUCAAAUUUGUCCUGUACACGGAUCUGGGAGGCCAGUGGCGGGUCCAGUGUGUUCCUGCUGGGCUGCACACCUUCCAGAACAGGUUGUCGCUUCUGGCCGAAUGGUGCGGCUUACGCGACGAGGAGCUCUCUCAGGCCAGCGGGAUCCCCGGCUGCGUCUUUGUGCACUCCAGCGGCUUCAUCGGGGGGAACCACACCAAGGAGGGGGCGCUAGAAAUGGCGCGGAAGACACUGGCGCGGCAGGUCGAACCCGCCGCAUGCAGCUCAUGAGGCGCAAAGCCCCACACAGUUGGACUCGGGGGGGACAGGUUGUGGGCUUGCCAUAAAGUUUGAUUUUUUUUAAAAAAGCAG